CCGCCCCCAGGCCCCGCCCAGUCAGUGUCAGCGCUGUCAGUGUCUCACCAGGCUAGGAGGAGUCUGUGAUACAUUGUGUCACACAGCAGCAGCAGCCGGAGGAAGGAGUCUCGGCGUUUCCUGCAUGGUCUCUCUCUCUCUGCUGCAUCCCCCCACUCAGCAUGACGAUCCCUGUGACAUGAAUGUGCUGUAAGCCCACUCGUGACAUACUCCACAGUAACCAGCCCUGUGACUGCUGCUGGGCAGGGGGCUGCAAUCUGCCAGGUACCACUCAGGAAGCCACAGGAGGGGGCAAAUUCCGGACUACGAGCUUACAGGAGAGACAGAAGUAUGUCCGACAUCCUACACGAGCUGUUACGUGUUUCUGAGAAGGCCGCGUGUAUAGCACGAGCGUGCCGCCAGGAGGAGACGCUUUUCCAGCUCUUAAUUGAAGAAAAAAAAGAACAUGAAAAGAAUAAAAAGUUUCUCACAGACUUCAAAACUCUGGCUGAUGUUCUGGUCCAGGAAGUGAUAAAACAUGACCUUGGGAAAAAGUUUCCAGGUUUAGAGAAUAAUGUCAGAGGAGAAGAAUCCAAUGAGUUUACAAAUGAACUCGGGGAGACCAUUAUAGUGAGAGUCUGCCCCACCGAGGAGGAAACAAAGAGUCUACUGCAGAAGGUUCUGGACAACAAUGAGGCGGCAGCCGGGGCACUGGCACAUGUAGUUCACCAGGAGGUGGUUGUAACAGACAAGUCUAUAGAUGGCGUUACUGUGAGCAUUCCGCAAAGCAACAUCGCUGUCUGGGUGGAUCCCAUCGACUCCACCUACCAGUAUAUAAAGGGCUCAGCUGAUAUUCAGCCACACAAAGGAAUUUAUCCCAAGGGCCUUCAGUGCGUGACUGUAUUGGUCGGCGUUUACCUCCUGGACACAGGACUCCCAGUAAUGGGGGUGAUUAAUCAGCCGUUUGCAGUGAGGGAUCCUAUAACACUGAGGUGGAAAGGUCAGUGGUACUGGGGCUUAUCCUAUAUGGGCUCCAACAUCUGUUCCCUGCAGCCAUCUUCUAGCAAUGGCCUAACGGACCACAGAGUGGAAUGUGGCUCUCCAGCGCCUGCCGUACGUGGAACGCGCUCCUACGCCGCAGUAACCAGUUCUGCAGAAACAAAAAGUGUUCUCAGCGCUCUCUCUACGGUGUGCAGCGGAAACAUGCACUUUGCUGCCGGCGCAGGAUACAAAUGUCUCUGUGUCAUCCAAGGGCUUGUGGACUUCUAUGUGUUCUCAGAAGACACCACCUUCAAGUGGGAUACCUGUGCUCCUCAUGCCAUCCUGAAAUCGCUGGGAGGCGGAAUGCUAGAACUCUCAGAGUGCCUCCGAUCGGUGCAGAAGAGCAAUAAGCUAACCGCAAGGCCGCACGUCCUGUACAAUUCCGAUGUGCAAGGAGCAAGGGGAGCGGACAGAUGGGCCAACAAAGGGGGACUUGUGGCCUACAGAUCAGAAGAAGAUCUAGAAGGUUUCAUGGACCUCUUUGUCAAAAACAUUUCCUUACAAAAUGAACUGCAUUAAUAAUAUGCUAAGAGCCUAUGCGGAAUAGUUUUUUUUAUUAAAGUUGACUCAAAAACAUAUAUGUUACAUAUAUUGCAUGCGUGUAUACAGUAUAUUGUAAUAUCUCUAUAGACAACGAGGAGUAUUACCAGCUGUUUGAGGAAUAUUUUAGCUCCCGGUAACCGGGGAGGACCUUAAUGUUCUAUUGAUGAGGAUAGAUGUUAUUGUGUAACCGAUGGCGACACAACGACCCAUGUUUAGUAUAUACGGCGCGGUUUCGUGUCACAAAUCCAGACUAUGCAGCAUUACUUAAGCACUACAGAUUUUAAACAAAUAAAAUAUUUUAUACAUA